AUGGCAGGGAAUAUUCCUAAUGCUGUAAUGGCAUUUUUGAUCCCUCUUCCUUCCAUUCUCUUCUACCUCUCUUUCCUCGGCCAGUUCCGUGAUCGUUCUCUUGUUACAGCAGCAGGCGAUGACAAUUCUCUGUCGCCUUUGUGGAUUUGGUGCUACCAACACCCUCUGCUAUUGGCCAACGCCCUCUUUUUCCUCAAUGUUAAUCUUAGUUUCUGGAUAAUUGGGCUUCUCCAGUCAAGCCAUUGGAUGAUAGAUCCGUAUUGGACGGUGAUACCAUUGUUGCUGGUGCAUUACUAUGGAUCUCAUCCGUUGGCAGAGUACAAUCUUUUAAGGUCGAGUCUGGUGAGAUUUUUGACUUUGAUUUGGAGCAUUAGGCUUUCUCAUAACUACUUCCGCCGGGAAGAGUGGCAAUGGGGUGCCCGAGAAGACUGGAGAUUUACUGAUAUGCGGCGGCAAUAUGGCAAAAACUGGUGGUGGGUCUCUUUCUUUGCUAUUUACCUCUCUCAGCAGGUUUUUCUGAUGGGAAUAUGCAUGCCUUUCUACAUUGUCCAUUCGAAGAACAAGGAUUUCAAUAUCUGGGAUGUUGUUGCUGCACUAACAUGCUUGGCCGGCAUUGUCAUUGCUUAUUACGCCGACACACAGCUUCACACUUUCGUUAGUAGAAAUAAUGAAUUGAAAAAGCUCGGCCAGCCGAUGGUUCCCUGUCUCGAAAAAGGCCUAUGGCGAUACUCGAGACAUCCAAACUAUUUUGGGGAGCAGUUAUGGUGGUGGGGGCUGUUUAUUUUUGCAUGGAAUUUGGGUUCUGGCUGGAGUUUUAUUGGUGCCCUUAUAAACAGUAUGUGCUUAGCCUAUGUGACUCGACUUGUGGAGAAGAGAAUGCUGGAAAAGGAUUACAGGGCUGAUGCAUAUAGACAGUACCAGAAGACAACAUCAGUGUGGAUACCUUGUUUCAAGACAACAAACUCUGCAGGGAAAGAUAAGAAAAUAUGA